UAUUCAAUGACUGUUGGCUGCGCCUAUCAAACUAUCAAACGACAAGUUGGUUGAUUUUUCUUGUGUGCUUCUUCGCGGAAACUGCGGAAAGAGAUCCAGUGGAGUCGAGUACUCAAAAAGUAGUUUCAGAUAUAUUGCGCUCAACGUUGAUUGUAUCGUAUUAAGUGUUAUCCAAACAGGAAGAGCAUCAGAAUGGAGUCGUCAUAUCAAGGAGGUGUAACUUUUGAGGAUCCUGGUAGCAAUUUCCAGCGGCUCACUCAAACUAUCGCCAGUAACAUCAAGAAAAUAUCACAAAAUGUGUCUUCCAUGUCAAAGAUGGUCAAUCAGCUGCAGACUCCUCAGGACUCUCAGGAGCUCCGGAACCAACUGCGUCAAAUACAAAACUACACGCAGAAGCUGGCCAAGGACACGUCAUCACUCAUCAUGGAGCUGAUGAAGCUGCCAGCAGACCAGCCUGCUAACAAACUGACGAGGGAGCGCCUCAGUGAUGAAUACAUGAUCACGCUCAACUCCUUCCAGGCGACACAAAGACUGGCGGCGCAGAAAACCAAAGAAGAUGUGAAGAAGGCUAAAGCGCAGUCUGUGACCAUCAAGGACCCCUUUGCAAUGGGUAGUAGUGGCAACAACAAAGAACUGUUGGAGAUGGGUGAGCCAAACCUGCGGAAACAGGAGCAGCUCACGAUGCAGACGGAACGGUCACUCAUCGAGCUUGAAGAGCGGGAGAGAGAUAUACGACAACUUGAGGGCGACAUAAUGGAUGUGAACCAGAUCUUCAAAGAGUUGGGCACGAUGAUCCACUCGCAAGGCGAAGUCGUGGACUCGAUUGAGUCCAAUGUGGAGUAUGCCGCUGAAAACGUGGAAGCCGGCACACAGGAGCUGCGACAGGCUGCCAAUUACAAGAACAAACUGAGGAAGAAGAAGGUGUACCUGUUCCUGGCUCUAAUCAUAGUUGUGUCGAUCAUACUUAUCAUCAUAUUCCACCGUUGAACAUCCGAGCCACCCGGUUACCACUACAUACCACAAGCAAGGCGAUAGCAACUUACUCACAAUAUUGCUUAUUCAAAAGUUCGACAUAAGUUUCACUUAUAAAUAGGUCAUGUAUGCUAGCGAUUGUAUAUAAAUCAUUUAUCCCAUCUGUAAAGGCUUUUUAAAUCCAUUGGAACAAUGCAUUAGGAGUUAUAUCAUGUAUUUUAUAUGUAUAUUCUGUAAGUCAUUCGUAAUUGUUUGCAAGUUUGCUUUUAGUCUAAUCGGCGAAGUGUAAAAAAUCAUUGUUGCGUUUCUGCGAAAGUUUCACGAACGAUAGAGGCGAUGAAGUGCUUAUGUUACCGGCAAUCUGUAUAAAAUACCUAAAACGUUUAAUGUAUGGAAUAUUAUUAAAAACACCUUCCCUAGACAUUUUUUGGAUAUAAAUAUCUAAGUUAUACAGAUUGCACAUAACACUUACACAUCAAAUGGGGCUUUGUGCUAUGUGGCGGAAAACUUUCGCUUUUCGGGAACUACUUACGCACCUAGAUAAAAAGUAGACUGUAACCGUCUUACCACAAAAACUUUUAAACGUCAGUUUAAGACUUGUCUAAAAAAAUGUCAAAUUAUGACGUUGACAUAAGGUUCAUUUUGGAGACACAUUUUUUUAGACAAGUGUAAAACAGUUGUUAAAGUUUUUGUAGUAAGGCCAUAAUAGUUCAAGCCCCUCAAAUCCAGCGAUGUAGGCUGUGCGCUCCGUCAGUCAGUCAGGAAAAAUAAUGUUAUAUCCAUAAAUUAUAUGUUAGAAGAUGCAUUACGGGUUGUCAUAGUAACGGUUUGUUUUUAGUAAUUCUUGUGUGCUUAAAACCUUGCAUUACUUUUGUCAAGGUCGCUGCAACCAAUACAGAGCGCAAGAGCUCGCUAUAUUUACAAAUUGCUACAGUUAAAAAACUUUAUGGAAUAUGUAGGUGACAGACAAUAUUUACUAUUAUGCUGCUAUGUCUAUAACCGGUAUAUAAACGUUAUAGUCCUCUAAUAUACGCAAGUUCUACAGUAGAUAAACGAUCUAUAAAACAUAAGAGAUAUAUGCUUAAUCGAUUCCCCAGGUGAUUGACGUAUUUUUAGGGUUAGCGUAAUGCAUACCUACUUAAAAUAAGUUAUAUUAUAAAUGUUACUUUAUUUUACAUUUUUAUUCCUUAAUAUAAUUACAAACGUAAAUAUGGGUAUAGUGGUGAUUAGAGACGGAAAACGUCACAAUUAGUAAAUAAAUGGCAAUAAGAACGAUCUGCAUUACCAACUAGACGGAGCCUGACAACACUUUUUUCUCAUUCAUGUAACUUUAAAAUUAGCCAGUAAGCAUACAGUCAAAGAUCCAACUUACUUGAUUAUGUGGCGUGGGUUUCAACAGUGAGAAAACUAGUGUUGUCUGGUUACAUUCAUUAUUGUGUUGUUAUACUAUAAUGAUUUAAUUAUCAGCGAAUUAUUAAUUUAAUUAAGGUAUUGUAAUUUGAGAUUAUUGCCACCAAAAUUUGGACUUUUCUUUAAAUAUAUGUAAGAUAUAAAUCCUUUAAUUAGGACCGUGAUCAUUAACUAGUUUAAGUAUUUGCUAUAAUCUGAUCGAAACUGUAAUCAAUGUCACACUAAAGAUAUAACCUCAAUGGGAGAAUAAUUUGAUAUUCUCAGUGUAGCGCAUUCAUGCCUUGCGAUAAAACUGCAAUAAUCCUUCAAAAGCUUGCAUGAACUACUGUAGAUAUGAAUUUCAAAUAAGUUUUUCUUUGAAAACAAUGUGAAUGUUCUGCAUUUCUAAGGCAAUGCUUGAAUUUAACUGGUCGGUGCUGCCAGCGCCUGCACACUAGUUAGUUUAGGCACUUGACAAUAUAGAAGUAGCCAUAAUAUUGGCAGACUGGUGGUAUAGUUAUCGGCACGGAUAAUGAGCUCUAGGCGGAAGAGUGGGGAUGGCUUUGCGCACUGUACACUUAUGGCAAUAAACCAAUAAAUCGCUUCUGCGCAGGUGAAGGUCAGGGCUCGAUAUCCUUGCCGAUGAUUAUACGCUUUUUACUUAGGGUGCACAUAUACGUUAGUCACCAAAUAUUUAUUAUAAAGCGUCACAGGUCCAUUCAUUAGACACCAAAUUCUAAUUUUGAAAUCAUUGGCAAUAUAUUACAAGCUAUAACUUCAUCGUAUAUUUAUAAAUAAGUCUUUACGUCAUUCGCUUAAGAUAUUAAUAUGCUUACUAUAAGUAUUCGUGUAUAGAUAGUUAGUUGAAAAUUUCAAUGUAUUAUAUUUAAAUGUAAAGUUGUCUAUGUUUUAUAUUAAACACAAUUUGUUGAUAUAUUUACUUUAAUAUAAAUAUGUAUAAAAUAAAAAAUAAAUAACGAA